CAUUCGGAAAACUAGUUGCGGUUUGUGGUUUCGAUAAGUUCCAGCAGAAAUUUUAAGAACCCGUCAUCGAACAAACGUGCAGUGAAAACUAAUUAAAAAAGUGGGUUGAAAAAAUAUUAUCGAUUGAUUUAGUUAGGUACUUUGAAGUUCUGUUAUCGAGAAACAAACGCUAAGAAUAGCUUUCACCAAGUUGAGUUGAAAUUCCUGAAAUGCGUAAAAUAGUGGAAUUCUAGGCAAUAGUAAGUGUCCGUGAGUAAUAAAAGUAAGGCUUCAUUCCACUCAAAGUUUUCGCGAUCUCUUUACUUUGGUAAAGACGCAUAAAUCAGCACUAUUGCAAAAAAAAACUCAAUCUCGUGGUACCUGAAACCCGUAAGAUGUUGAUCACGUGCACCUUUAUCACGCUGGCGACGGUGAUGCAGCUGGUAAACUCAUCGUAUCCGGCUGCCCGCUAUUCGCCGCAGCAGCAGAAAAAGUGCGGUGCCUACGGGCAAGCCCCCUGCACCUAUAUUCCGGCACCACGUGGAAUGACACCCAAAUGUGCCUCCCCGGGGAAAACCUUCUGCGAGCACAAUGCCGACUAUCCCACGGAACUCAUCAGGGAACUGCUGGAAAAAUUCAACUUACACAGAGUGCUUGCGAACGAGGAACGAAUCCAGUAUCACGCUCAAAAUCAGGGUCACUAUUACUAUGGACCGGAAAUGUCCUACAGUCCCAAGUUUGCGGCAGCUUCCUACUAUCGCAAACCAUCAUCAUCGUCCUACGAAGGCUACAGCUACGAUCAUCCCAAGCGAUCUUUCCAGCUGAAUGAAAUCUUUGCCGAAAAGCGACCGGUGCCGCAACCAAUUUACAUCCCCAAACCGCAACAUUCAUUCAACUACAACGCCUUCGUAAGACCUCCAUCGACUUCCAGCACCCAAUACAGCCCGGCCGAGUGGUUGAAACGAUUCGCCAGGGAUCUGAUCGAUCGAAGUGACUUCCGGCAGGCAACUCCCGCCCCCUUUAGGUUCUCUCCAGAUCCGGCGGAGCCUCCAAAGCCAUUCCGCUUAGCAUUUCCGGCGGCAGCCUUUGGGUUGCUACUGAUGAACGAAACGACAUUCACCGGGAGUCUAGCUAAGUUGCGCGAAAAGAGGCAAGCCAUUUCGCCCGCAGACCGGAUCGAUCUUUGCGAGUACCGGGAGAUGUAUGUGACCCCGCAGGCCGCUUUGAACACCAAAGGAAACUGGAUGUACGUAGUCAAUCACGAAGACUCCCGGCAGCUUGUCAAGUCCGAAAUUUGCUUAUCCAACCAGUGUUCCAAUCUGUGCAACCUGCCCAGCGGCUAUCGGUCCCGGUGUGAGCAAAAGUUCUCCCAAAAGCGACUCCUCACGCUGGACGAGGAUGGUGGGAGUUUGUACGUGGACACCUAUUGGUUUCCCAGCUGCUGCGUUUGCUCUCUCGCGAAUGAUAUCAACUGAGCGAUGCUGAGAGAAGCCAGGAAAUAAGUUAUUUAGAAUCCUAUGAGGAGAAAUGAGGGCAUAACGAGCACCC